AUGGCGGGCGUGAUGGAGGCAAUGCAAGGCCCUAUCGGUGUGGCCUUUCUGACCAUGGUGACUGUCUUGGUGGUUGUCGGAGGCGUGGCCGUUUGCCGAAGACUCCUCUGCAAGACGGCGGUGAACUACACGGCCGUAAACCACAGCCUCGACGAGGAGGAGAUAGCCUUCAAGAACUCCUUGGAGGCGCAGAACGAGGGGGGCGACGACAUCGACGAGCUCUUCAACUUCUCGGGCCAAGACGAGCUGGAGUUCGACACGAAUGACUUGGAUAACUUGGAGAUGCUGCAGAUGUACCGGUCAAACCUGGGGUUUCCAGCUAACCCUCGAGGGGGGGUAGAGACGGGGCUCGGGAAGGAUGGCGCCGC